AUGGACCCAGUCAGCGUUCUUGGACUCUCAGCCAGCAUCAUUGCUUGCAUUCAGCUAGCCCAAGCUUUGUCUAAGAAAGUUGGAUUAUCUGAACAUAAUCGAACUGAUCUAGAGCGUAUGCUAAAGACAUUGCGGAGAUUCCUUGCCUCAUAUCAAGGGUUGAAAAAUAUAGCUGCGAUUGAUGAAAGUGAAGGGCAAUUCUGCCUCGUUGAACAAGCUGAACAGCUCUGGAAAGAAUGUCAGGAAGUCAUCAACGAAGUCCAACAAAGAUUAGAGGAGAAUAAUUUGUUUAAUCGAUGGGUUAGGGAAGUCUUGGGACAGGAAAAUCAACAAAUGUUUGUCAAAGUUUGAUGAUAUUAGGGAGCAAUUUGAUAUUGCAAUUCAGUCCGAUCAACUACAAAUCAUUGCAGCAGUCGAGAAGUACGCCCAGCAGGCUCUAUGCGACACUCGAGAUAUCAAGAAAAAUGCGCAGAGGAUUGAAGACUAUAUCCGAGAUCUUAAAGACGAUGCUCGCGACAUCAGACAUGAUAUCAGUCUUCAUAAUCAGAGCAUCAAUACAAACCAUACAACCAUCGUCGAGCAUACUCGAGACGUUAAGGAUGGCAUACAAGAUAUAAAAUGCACAAUCGCUCAUCAAAAAUUGGAUUUUGAAUCUAAAGAAAAGAUAAAAGCCCGAGAAUCUAAGAAAAAGGAGGUUCUCCGGUGGUUGUCGACCGCAGACCCGAAAACAAACCAUGACUUGGCGCGAAGACACUUUGAACCUGGCACCGGGUCAUGGUUUCUUCAAAGUAAUGAAUACAGCAGUUGGAAGACGAGCGAUAAUUCCUUCCUUUGGGUUCAGGGUCUAUCAGGCUGCGGCAAAACAAUUCUGUGCUCAACAGUUGUUCAGAAUAUGACCGAUCAUUGUGCCAAUAAUUUUGACUGUUUCAUCGCAUAUUACUACUUCUCUUUCAAUGAAACUGAAAAACAAAAUGCCAACAAUUUACUGCGCUCAAUUCUUGUACAACUCCUCGUCAAAUAUGACGCCGCGCUCGAUGGGGCUCUAGCCAUCUACAAAGAUAUUCAAUUCACUAUUCCGCAAUUAGAAACUCUGAAAGCCAUGUUGAAAGCCGCAUUGAUGAUGCCUGGAACCUUUUAUCUUAUCUUAGACGCAGUGGACGAAUGUCCUAGAGGUUACGAGCAAGGCAAUCGACAGGUUGUCUGCAAAUUACUGCGAGAGGUAUCUUCAUGGGCUUACAAAAGUUUGCAUCUAUUUAUGACCAGUCGGAAGGAAGCGGACAUCAAAGAAAUCAUAGAUGAGAUACCCAAAGUCUCAACUUUUCUUAUCAGAAAUGAACAUGUCAACUCGGACACACGCCAAUACGUCAAAAAACAGUUGGAAAACGACACAAAAUUAAGAAAGUGGUCACCUGAGAUUAAGACUGAAAUAGAAAUGACAUUGGGGGACAGUGCUAAUGGAAUGUUCCUGUGGGUGACUUGUCAGCUUGAUGCCCUAAAAAGGUGCCCCACUCCAGCUAUGUUACGAAAGACUUUAAAGAGCCUGCCUCGAACUCUACAUGCUACAUACGACAGGAUGCUUUCAAAUAUCCAUGAAGAUUAUACAGACAUAGUCGUUGCUGCACUGAAGUGGCUGGUGAUUUGUCGCGAGAAAGUAACGAUCCAUGAAUUAGCUGAAGCCGUAGCGGCAGGAAUUGAUUCGAAAUCUUCGUUCGACGUUGAUAAUCGAUUCGAGAAUCCAGACGAACUCCUUGACAUUUUAGGGAGUUUGGUUACCCUCAAUAAAGACGACGGUAGACAUAAUGAAUUUCAGGAUGAACUUAUGCAUGAUCUUUGUAGGGUCACUGAUACUUACUACAGAGAAUAUGUCCAAUUGUCUCACUUCUCGGUUCGCGAGUAUCUGAUAUCAUCCCAUCUGAAUGUCACAUAUAUGAAUGGCUUUGGUGAACCCUCUCUACACCUCUUCGCUCUUGAAUGCUGCCUAAAUUACAUCAAUGGGUUCACUGCAAAGAACAUCCAUGGAAUUAUAUGGACGUACCCUUUCAGCCACUGGCUAUCUCACGCGAGAGGUUGUUCAUAUCAAAACGGCAUGGAAACAGCGAGAUAUAUCGUCCAAUAUCUGGACUCGUACCAUUGGAGAGAGGCCUGGUUUGGCCAAGAAGGCUGUAAAGAUUCUUUUCGGUUCGUCGGCUCGAAUUUCAAAUGGGAGAAUAGGAACGAUCUUGGUACAACGAUUUAUUACGCAAGUUUUUUUGAGCUGAAACAUGUGGAAAGACUGCUCAUUGACGAAUACAAUGCGACUGCUGAUGUGCCUCUGGAACUUGGAAAAUGUCCCCCUCUUUCCGUUGCUAUCCAUUUCGAGAACGUAGCACAUGUACGCCACUACAUCAAUGUCCCUAGAAAUAUAUCAAAAACGUAUGAUAGGGUUCAAAAUGUCUUGGAGCUUGCGAAAAAAAAAGGUAGUAGCUUCAUAUUCUUGGUUCUCAUAGAAAUCAUUAGAUUCAUUGGGGAAAGAUUCUUCGGGGGCACCUCCAAGAUUCUCGAUUUCAUACAGCUAAUCACAAAUAAAUGGGAUUUGAUACUAGAAGACGAUUUUCGUUUCUGGUGGAAACCAUUUUCUUAUGCGCUAUUACAAUCUGUCCAGGAACCGUUGGCAUUGGUUGUCAGGAGUGAACUCGAAAUAGCGUCGGAAUGGCCCUUGAAGCUCGUAGGUUCUACCUCACUCAGAGAUCUUAUCCCAGAAACAGAAUCGGUCCUUCUUGCACUUGCUAUAAGCAUGGAUUCAAUGGAAAGAUUCCAACUUCUUUUAAACUAUAUACAAGCGUUCAACUGCCCUCAGUACCGUACCCUUUCAGCCCUGGUGGCCUUUGCACAAUGCGAUAAGGAAGCAAAACUUCGCUUCCUUGUAGAUCGAGCGGCGACUUUGGGUCUCACCAAAGCAGAGAUAUUCCACGAAGUCAUGGAGGAAGUCUUUAUGAGAAAGGACGAAGUUGUCCUAAAACUUCUUCUCGGCCUUGGCAUGCAUCCCGAUCUCCCUUAUGACGCCCCGAAAUCGCUUCAAACUGUCAUUCAAUUGUGGUCGACUUUCGAACAAAAAAAUGCAACAGAAAGUCUUCUUCAAAAAGCGGUGUACAGGAGAUGGAGAGCUGGCAUAUCUUUAUUGAUAGCAGGGGGGGCAGAUUUGAACUAUUGUGUGAUGGAUCCAUUUGAUAUCACAUCACUCGCUUCUUAUAGCCCUUUGAAAAUUCUAGUGGCAGGUAUGAAAGAUCCUGCUCUUCGAUCUGAUUCCAGUGAGGAUAGUAGCGAGAAUGAUCACUUGAUUGAAGAGCUUCUUGUAACUGGAGGAGCUAGAAUAUUUGAAUACGACCGGAAAGUAUUUUCUGAUGGGUCUACCGACGGGGGCAUAUUUGAAGGUUCUGACAUUGAGAUGGAUGAAUGA